ACUUGUUUGGUACCACAGAAAAUAUCCAAGAAAAUGACCCACAAAAUUUCUUGAGCACUUACUCUAUAUAAUAAAAUAUAGACGUGUUUCUGUGUGCCUAUCGGACAUUUACAAUGAUAACGGUCCUGACCUAGAAAAGAAUUCAUAAACAAAACGAGGGUUUCAAUGCAAUUGGAAGAAAGAUUAGAGCUUUAGGCAAGAAAACUUUCACCAGCUUCUUGAGAAGAGUAAUCAAAGGUGACCCAGUUUGAGGAAAACAAUGCAAGAACACAUGGUGCGUCUGCAACCCAGUACUCUACCAAGAAUCUAUUCAAAUAAACAAAGACCAAAAAGAUGAAGCAAGAACAGAACCCCGAGGUGAAGAUGGUGGAGUGGUUGAAAAUCUUUAAUCUUUCUUGUUUUUGUUGGUUUCUCUCUUGUUUUUGCUUAUUUGCAAAGGAAGCUGUGCUGGGUUGAGUUUUAAGAUAAGAAUCAGUUUAGAGAGAGAGAGAGAGGUUUGGGGAUUUGAAGCCAUUGCCAAUGCCGAUGUCGAGGCAACUCUUCAACAUCUACGAGCUUCGUCCAAUGCUGAGGUCCUUCGCUAUUCACUACCACCAUCUGUUCGUCGUUAUUCUUGCAUUAGCUUGUGCUGCUUCUGCAGCAAAUAAUGAAGUUGAUACUCUUAUUUCUUGGCUUCACAGCUCUCCUUCAUCUUCACCUUCUUCAGUUUUCUCUAGCUGGAAUCAUUUGGAUUCCAAUCCUUGUAAGUGGUCUUACAUCACUUGUUCAUCUAAUAAUUUCGUUACUGAAAUCAACAUUCAGUUUGUUGAUAUAGCUCUUCCUUUCCCUUCAAAUUUUUCCAACCUUAUCUUCCUUGAAAAGCUUGUUCUUUCUGGCGUUAAUCUCACUGGAACUAUUGCACCUGAUAUUGGGGAUUGCUCUCACUUGACAUUGCUUGAUGUUAGCUCUAAUAGUCUGGUGGGGAUUAUUCCUUCAAGUGUUGGGAAGCUGAAGAAUCUCCAAGACUUGAUUUUGAACUCUAACCAGAUUACAGGGAUGAUUCCAGUGGAGAUUGGAAAUUGCACCAAUCUCAAGAAUCUUGUCAUAUACGACAACAGCUUGAGUGGGAAUCUUCCAGCAGAACUAGGUAGAAUAUCAAAUUUGGAGGUCAUACGAGCUGGAGGGAACAAGAACAUUGAAGGAAAGAUCCCAGAUGAGCUUGGAGAUUGCAAGAAUUUGCAAGUGUUGGGUCUAGCUGAUACUAAAAUUUCUGGUCCCAUUCCUGUUUCUCUAGGCAACCUAAGCAAUCUGCAGACAUUAUCAGUGUACACUACAAUGCUCUCUGGGGAGAUUCCACCACAUCUAGGCAAUUGUUCAGAGCUGGUCAACUUAUUUUUAUAUGAAAAUGAUCUCUCAGGUUCACUGCCACCACAGUUUGGCAAACUUCAGAAGCUGGAGAAGAUGUUACUAUGGCAGAACAAUUUUCAUGGAACUAUUCCAGGAGAGAUCGGCAACUGUAAAAGUUUGAUAGUUAUUGAUUUGUCCUUAAAUUUUUUCUCUGGAGCCAUACCUCAGUCUUUUGGAAACCUUUCAAACCUCGAAGAGCUUAUGCUUAGCAACAAUAAUAUCUCUGGUUCGAUUCCACCAGUUCUUUCAAAUGCAACAAAACUAUUACAGCUGCAGCUUGAUACUAAUGAGAUAUCAGGCACAAUUCCAGCAGAGCUUGGUAAGUUGACACAGUUGACAGUCUUCUUUGCCUGGGAGAACAAACUUGAAGGAAGCAUUCCUGCAGAGUUGGGUGGUUGCAGAAGCCUUGAAGCGUUAGAUUUGUCACAAAAUGCACUCACUGGUAGCUUGCCUCCAAGCCUGUUUCAGCUUCAGAACCUGACAAAGCUUCUCUUAAUUGCUAACGACAUUUCCGGUUCGAUUCCUCCUGAGGUGGGAAACUGUGUCUCUCUUAUUCGUCUUCGGCUUGUUAAUAACAGAAUCAGUGGAGAAAUUCCAAAAGAAAUCGGGCUCCUGAAAAACCUCAGUUUCCUCGACUUGUCUGAAAACCAUAUUGGUGGAACGCUGCCAGCAGAAAUUGGCAAUUGCAAUGAGCUGCAGAUGCUGAACUUAAGCAACAAUACCCUUCGAGGCACUCUGCCUAGCUCUUUAUCUUCUUUGACAAGGCUUGAGGUAUUGGAUCUUUCUGUAAAUCAAUUUGUGGGUGAAAUUCCAAGUGGUUUUGGCAAACUUAGUUCACUCAACAGACUCAUCCUCAGCAAGAACACUCUGUUUGGAGCAAUCCCUUCCUCUCUUGGCCAUUGUUUGAGCCUUCAACUUCUUGAUCUUAGUAGCAAUGCACUCUCUGGCAUGAUCCCAGUGGAACUUUUUGAUAUUGAAGGUCUUGAUAUCGCUUUGAAUUUGAGUUGGAAUGCACUCACUGGGACGAUUCCACCCCAGAUUUCUGCUCUGAACAAAUUAUCCAUUCUUGAUCUCUCACACAAUGAACUGGAAGGAGAUCUGAUGGCACUUGCAGGACUCGAAAAUCUUGUUUCUCUAAACAUCUCUCACAAUAAUUUCACAGGCUAUCUUCCCGACAACAAGCUUUUCCGACAGUUAUCAGAAACAGAAAUGGCAGGAAACCAGGGACUGUGUUCUAAGGGUCGAGACUCAUGUUUCCUUAGAAAAGCCACAUCGAUGAGCAUGUCAAAUAACAGUAAAUUGAAGAGAUCACAUAGACUUAAACUUGUCAUUGCAUUGCUUAUCACCUUAACUAUAGCAAUGGCAAUUUUUGGAGCAAUUGCAGUUUUCAGAGCUCGGAAACUGAUGAGAGAUGAUUGCGAAUCCGAGAUGGGAGGGGAUUCAUGGCCUUGGCACUUCACCCCAUUUCAGAAGCUAAAUUUUUCAGUAGAACAAGUUCUGAAAUGCCUGGUGGAAGCCAAUGUAAUUGGGAAGGGAUGUUCAGGAAUAGUGUAUCGUGCAGAACUAGAAAAUGGAGAAGUCAUUGCAGUUAAGAAGCUGUGGCCAACAACAAUGGCUGCAGAGAAAGACUCUCAAAAUGACAGGUUAGACAUUAAGGGAGUUCGGGAUUCCUUCUCCACUGAAGUAAAAACCCUAGGUUCUAUCCGACACAAGAACAUUGUCAGAUUCUUGGGUUGCUGUUGGAAUCGAAACACAAGAUUGCUCAUGUACAAUUAUAUGCCAAAUGGAAGCCUAGGCAGUCUCCUCCAUGAAAGAAGUGGAGGUUGCUUGGAAUGGGAAGUGAGGUACCGAAUCAUCCUGGAAGCAGCACAAGGUCUUGCUUAUUUACACCAUGACUGUGUUCCUCCAAUUGUUCACAGGGACAUAAAGGCCAACAAUAUUCUCAUUGGCCUUGAAUUUGAACCUUACAUUGCUGAUUUCGGGCUUGCCAAGCUCGUAGAUGAUUGCGAUUUCGCUCGUUCUUCCAACACCGUUGCUGGAUCCUAUGGUUACAUUGCUCCAGAGUAUGGAUACAUGAUGAAGAUAACAGAGAAGAGCGAUGUGUAUAGCUAUGGCGUGGUGGUGCUAGAAGUACUAACCGGGAAGCAACCGAUUGAUCCGACCAUACCAGAUGGACUUCACAUAGUAGAUUGGGUGAGGCAGAAGAGAGGGGGGAUUGAAGUGUUAGAUCCCAGCUUAAGAGCUCGGCCGGAGUCGGAGAUUGAGGAGAUGUUGCAGAGCUUAGGAGUAGCUUUGCUGUGUGUAAAUCCUUGUCCUGAUGAUAGGCCUACAAUGAAAGAUGUAUCAGCAAUGCUCAAGGAAAUAAGGCUGGAGAAUAGAGAGGAGUGCUUGAAAAUGGACAUGCUUCUCAAUGGAUCUUCAGCAAAUAAUCAACAGGAAAAUUGCAAUACCAAGCAGCAUUCAUAUCCUCAAAGCAACAAUACAAGCUUUUCUGGAUCUUCAAUUUUACACUCUUCAUCAUCCAUGGCGAAAACUACAUUCAAAUAAUCUGUAAAAGAUUUUAUUUGUUCUUGUCCUUUGUUUUAUGAAGUUUUAUUUAUUAUCUAAGUGUAAUUUCAGUUCUGUUUCAAACUUUCUUGUGAAAAGAGCAAAGAAGUAGGAGUAUGGAUAUUGGUAGAAUGAUCAAUUUUGCCCAAUUUUUAGCAUAUA